AUGAGAAAGAAAAAGACCUCAGUGUUGUGUGUUCUGGGCGCUGUGCUUCUGUGCUGCCUGCAGAACACAACAUCUCUUCCUGAUGAGGUGCCGGUGUUCACGGAGGAGCCCAUGUCCGUGGUGCAGAAGUUGGGGGGAAGCGUGAGCCUGCGCUGCAGUGUGCGACCCACCUCUGCCAACAUCAGCUGGAGGUUGAACGGUGCGGAGGUGGUGCAGGGCGAUUUGGGGGUGGUACUGGGACCCAGCAGCCUCUUCAUCCCGACACUCACUAACACAACUCUGGGCCGAUAUCAGUGUGUGGCCAGAACUGCUGCUGGAGCUCUGGCCAGUGUCCCUGCAAACGUCACCGCUGCCAAGCUGCGAGACUUUGAGCCUGAUGACCAGCAGGAGAUCGAGGUGGACGAAGGCAAUACGGCGGUCAUUGAAUGUCAUGUUCCUGAAAGCCAGCCCAAAGCUCAGGUCCGCUACAGCGUCAAACAGGAAUGGCUGGAGACUUCAAAAGGCAACUACCUCAUUAUGCCUUCAGGAAAUCUUCAAAUAGCCAACGCCACACUGGAGGACGAGGGGCCAUACAAAUGUGCUGCUUACAAUCCCAUCACUCAGGAGGUCAAAACGUCUACUUCUGCUGACCGCCUGCGCAUACAACGCUCAACAUCAGAAGCUGCUCGCAUUAUUUAUCCUCCGGACUCUCGCUCCAUCAUGGUGACCAAAGGCCAGCGCCUGGUGUUGGAGUGUGUGGCCAGUGGGAUCCCCACUCCGCAGGUCACAUGGGCCAAAGACGGACUGGACCUGCGCUCACACAACAACACCCGCUUCCUCCUCAGUAACCUCCUGAUCGAUGCGGUCAGCGAGGAGGACUCCGGAACCUACCUUUGCAGAGCAGACAAUGGCAUUGGCUCCAAAGCCCUGGCCACAGUGCUCUACGAUGUACAAGUGUUCGAGCCUCCUCAGGUGGUCGUGGAGCUGCAGCAACAGGAGGCUGUGUUUGGGGAGGUUGUGCGCAUCACGUGUCAGGCUCGGGGGAAACCAGCUCCUUCUGUGAUGUGGCUCCAUAACGCUGAGCCGCUCUCUCAAUCACCCCGCCAUCGCCUGUCCAAUCGGGGGCUUCGCAUCUCCAACGUGGGACCCCAGGACACUGGCAUUUACCAGUGCAUGGCAGAGAAUGGUGUGGGCAGUGCACAGGCAUCGGCUCGGCUUAUCACUGUAUCCACAGGGCCUUCUUCCAGGGCUAAACUGCCGUCCAUGUACAGGCCCCUGAGCCCAGAUAAAGUGUUGAGGGAGCAGCCGCCCAUCAGAGCAGGCAGCUCCGGAGCCACACUGCCCCUGGACUGCUCUGAGCUGCCUGGACAGGUCACUCCAGCGGAUGCUCCCAUUAUCCUGAGCCAGCCUCGCACUGGCAAAGCAGACUACUAUGAGCUCACGUGGAGACCACGUCAUGAGCGCGGCGCCCCGGUGAUGGAAUACAUGGUCAAAUACAGGAAAGUGGGCGUGCCCCUGGGGGAGUGGACGUCCACCAGCAUCUCAGGCGCUCUCCAUAAACUGACUCUAGCCAAACUGCAGCCAGACAGUUUGUAUGAGGUUGAAAUGACAGCAAAAAACUGUGCUGGUCUGGGUCAACCUGCCAUGAUGACUUUCAGAACUGGAAAAGGUCGGAAAGGCAUAGGAAGCCAUAUUGAUCCUCCCAAAACCCCAGCAGUUCCUUCGCCAAGCCUUUCUCCUCCUGAGGCUCCAGACAAGCCCACAGUGUCCACGGCUACAGAGACGUCGGCCUAUGUCACUUGGAUUCCGCGUGGCAACCGUGGCUUCCCCAUCCAGUCGUUUCGCGUGGAGUACAAGAAAGUGAGGAAGGCCGGAGAAGACUGGGUCACAGCGGUGGAAAACAUCCCUCCAUCGCGACUCUCUGUGGAGAUUACCGGUCUGGAGAAAGGGACGUCCUACAAGUUUCGAGUCGUGGCUGUGAAUGUGAUCGGCUCCAGCCCACCCAGCGCCCCGUCCAAAGCCUACACAGUGGUUGGCGGAAGAACUCACGAGCGGCCUGUUGUGGGACCUUACAUCACUUACAAUGAAGCCAUCAAUGAGACCACGAUCAUCCUCAAAUGGACUUACACGCCCGUAAACAACACGCCCAUAUAUGGUUUCUACAUCCACUACCGGCCGACGGACAGCGACAACGACAGCGACUACAAGAAGGACGUGGUGGAGGGGGAUAGAUACUGGCACUCCAUCACAGACCUCCAGCCCGAAACCUCAUACGACAUCAAAAUGCAGAGUUUCAAUGAGAAAGGGGAAAGCGAAUUUGGAAAUGUGGUCAUUAUGGAAACAAAAGCAGCUACUCAAAAUGCCCCAAGUACUACUCCUUCAGACUAUCCGUUUCAUCCAGAGAGGUAUCCUAAUGUGCCACGACCUGGCGACUUACCGUAUCUCACCUUAGUCUUCAUCGUCCUGGGCGCCUUUGUUUUCAUCAUUGUGGCAUUCAUUCCCUUCUGCCUUUGGAGGGCGUGGGCCAAGCAGAAGCAAACUGCAGACCCUAACUUUCCGGCUCUGGCCACUCCCGUGUCGGCGUGUCAGUACACCAUGGUCCCACUUCAUGGCCUGGCGCUGAUGGGACAGUGCCCGAUGGACGGUCACAUGGCUGCCCCCCGCGUGGUUUACCCUGCAAAUGGAGAAUACACGGCGAACGGCAAACCUCACCCAGCGACACGGCGUCUACCGGGAGUGCAGCAGGAGGACAUGGAGAGUGAGGAAGAGGAUGAGACUCUAUCACCACAGUCUGUUCCGAAUGGUCAUCUGCCGGUCUAUCACUGCUCUACAAACAGCUCUCAUCCACAACACUGCUGCCCUUCAUACAACUCUGCGUUCCUGCUCCUCGACCCGUCACAUCAGGCUGUCACCGCGCUGCAGACAGACAAUGAUGGGACUUUUUGUGAGGACCCUCCUGAAGAUGACCUCAGUAAAAGUACAACGUCCCUCCCUUUAUUAUCUCUAGAAGAUGAAGGCGUCUUCACGACAGCGUCAUCUGAAGCAACAACUCCUCAGUCCCAGGACACGAGUGUAAAGGACAUGAGCCUCCUCCCAGACGAGGUGUCGCCUGACGAUGAAGGGACGUCCAGUGCAACAGAUGCAUAA